CGGAUGUUGAAUGGUUGAAUUGGGUCUAACUGUAAGGUGGAAGUGGAAUAGCUUUAGUUGCAAAACUUAACAAUAAGCUUUAGUGCUAAGCUAUCAGAGCGACUUGUUGUCUUGUCCUCCCCUCUUCUUGAGGGAGGUAACCGCCUCUCCGUACCGUGUGUGAGUAGGUGUGUCGAUGUGGCCCAGUGGGACGCUAGCUAGCGGCCGCUGGUAUGCGUUGUGAAAAGAGGGAAAAGUUGAUGAGGAGUUUAGUCUGAAAGCGGCCACCUCGGUGCUGGCGUACCGAGCAGGGAUGGCAGUUUGGACCAGAGCGGACAAACACGGCGAACUAGACCUUCUACUCCGCGACCGCUGGAUCCGAGUGGCCGCCGAGCUCACCCGAGAAACGCUGACUUUAACGGCCGAAGCCGAGAUCACCGGGCAGGGGGGUCACCAUCGGGACCACAGCAACUCCCCAGUGGGCCUGAGGAAUGGCAUGUCGAACGGAAACGAACUGGGAACGAGUCUAGAACAGUUCCAGAACCACGGGGGACGUGGGCACUGCAGCAGCCCGGGACGCGUGGGCGUCUACGGUCUAAGCAGCACGGGGAAGCACCCAAAUAACGGCGCAAACUCUGAUUUUGGAAGUCCCGGCUCCAGCUACGGCAAUCCUGGAUCGAGUUUUGGUUCGAGACAAGUCGAAGCCCCCGCGAGUGUGGACGUCUGUGCGGAGGCUGUGCGCAAGGUCCGAGUUGUCAAACAAGAGUCCGGCGGGUUGGGGAUCAGCAUCAAAGGGGGACGCGAGAACCGAAUGCCCAUACUCAUCUCCAAGAUCUUCCCGGGGCUCUCCGCCGACCAGAGUCGCGCUCUCCGGGUGGGCGACGCCAUCCUGUCGGUGAACGGGAACGAUCUCCGGGAGGCGACGCACGACCUGGCGGUGCAGGCACUCAAGAAGGCCGGAAAAGAGGUGACGCUGGAGGUGAAGUACAUCCGUGAGGUUUCUCCGCUGUUCAAAAAGCCAUCCCUGGUGGCGGAUCUGCCGUGGGAUGGCGCCCGACCACAGUCCCCCAGCUACAGCGGCAGCGAAGACUCUGGUUCUCCGAAACACAGCAGCUGCUCCUCCAAAGACAGGAAGGUCAUCAGCUUGAAGAUGUGCUUCAUCAGCAGGAACCUGACCAUGCCAGACCUGGAAAACAGAUUAUUGGAGCUGUACUCGCCAGAUGGUCAGCACACGGUUGUACUUCGCUGUAAAGAUUGCCCCACUGCCAACUCCUGGUUCACUGCCAUCCACACCAAUAUUGCUGCCCUGCUGCCACAGACGCUGACCCACAUCAACGCUUACCUGGGAGUCUCUGCCUCGACCGCCACACAGCCUCACCUCAAGCACAUUGGGUGGCUGGCUGAGCAGGUCCAGUUGGAAGGUGGACGGCAGCAGUACAGGCCUGUGGUCCUGGCACUUACAGAAAAGGACAUUUUGCUGUUUGAGUCAGUGCCGUGGAGUAGAGAGUCAUGGUCCAUGCCGCUGCUCACACACCCACUGCUUGCCACAAGAUUGGUCCAUUCCGGCAGUGCCCGCGGUUCUCCCUCCCAGGGUUCAGACCUGGUGUUUGCCACCCGGACUGGCACAGGGCGGGGCAUCGAAUCUCACAUCUUCCGGGUGGAGACUCACUGGGAUCUGUCUUCAUGGACCAGAGCCCUGGUGCAAGGUGCACACGCCGCUGCUGAACUCAUCAAAGAAGUCUCCAUCGGCUGCACGCUGAACAGACAAGACGUUCGGCUGACGCUGCACUACGAGAAAGGCUUCACGGUGACCAGGGAGCCGGCCGAUGCAGCCGGGGGAGCGGCGCUGUUCCGAUACCCGUAUGAAAAACUCAAAAUGUCUGCCGACGACGGAAUACGCAAUCUUUACCUUGACUUUGGGGGCCCAGAGGGAGAAAUGGUGUUUGACCUGCACUCAGGUCCCAAGCCAGUUGUGUUUGUCCUCCACUCUUUCCUCUCGGCCAAGCUCACCCGCAUGGGCCUGCUCACAUGAAGAAGAACGCCGGGAUGUCUCCGCAGAGCACGUUCGACCGGAGCUGAGGGAGCCUCUCGGUCCUCUUGACCAUUGUUUGCAAAAUGUGCCUUUACUUUGAUAGUCUCCUUUGCUUUCCACGCUUACUUUAUUGCGAGGUCGCCACUCAAAGUUCUCAGGUCAUUCAAAAAGCUUUCAACAUUCCAUUGGGUGAUCUGGCUUCAAAAUGAGGAUAGGAAGGAAUACUUUAGACAAUCAAUAAGCAACAGGAGCCUGAGUAUGUUUCUCUAAAGCUUCCAAGCCUGGCAUUCCACAACAGCCUUCCAGUGGACAUUAUCUAUCAGUACACUUCAGAAAGUACACUGCAGUCCUGAGUGUGCACAGUGUAGUGCUGUCCCAAAUCCGCUACAGUUGUUGCACGACAAUCACAACCUUUUCCUUCUUCUCUCCCUGUUAAUGCUGAAUUGCAACCACUCCAGUUAGCCCCUCCCCAUUCUGCUACGUAGCCAAGACGGCGACUGUUGAGCCUUGUGAGUAACGGUGUUAAAAACAACGUUACUGAUGCCGCCGCUAUUGUUGUCUAGUAAUGUGCCAUCUCAUGAAUGACUGUUUCAAACGUUACAACUAAUGCUGCAAUUAACAAUUGUUUUCUUAGUCGGUUCAUCUGAAGCGUGUCGUUUCCAUUCAUCCGGUCAUCGGUUAGGCCCUAGACCAGGGGUGUCCAAACUUUUUUUUCAGCGAGGGCCACACAGAGAAAAAUGAAAGGAUGCAACUUUUCCACUUUGAUAUUUUGUAAAUAUGCUAGGAAUUUAUAUAUAUUUCAAGAAAAAACUGCGUCUCAGCUUUUACAGGUGAAAAAGCCUCUUGUUAGUAUCAAUUUCGCUCCUUGCUUUUUUUCCUCCCCAUUUUUGCUGUUAAUUUUUCAAAUAUUUAAACUUUCUUCUUAAAUAAUCUCUGUAAAUUUCCUUUCCUUUUUUCCCUAAUAUUAUGACUUUAUUUCCAUAAUAUUCUGACUUUGUUCCCAUCAUAUAACUUUCUCCCUAACCUAAUUUUACAAAAAUUAUAACUUUAUUUUGUUUUGUUUCUCAUAACAUUACCACUUUUAUAUGAUAUACAGUAUAUUUCAGCUCUAUGCUACUAAAAUUACAUUAUUUUUCCUCAUAAUAUUACAGGUUUAUUCUUGUAAAAUUGCGUCUUUUUUUCUUGUUAGAAUGCAACUUUUUUCUCUUAGUAUUUUGACUUUAUUCUUGUAAUAUUUCUUCUCGUAAUAUUGUGAAUUUAAUCCCAUAAUAUUUUGACUUUAUUCCCAACUUCAUGCCCCAACCUAAUUUUCCAAAAAUAACAACUUUACUGAUUGUUUUGUUUUUUCUCAUAAUAUUACAACUUUUGUACAAUUUUUUUUUCUAUUUCAACUAUAUGCUAUUAAAAUGGCAUAUCUUUUCUCAUAUCACGAGUUUAUUCUCAUAAAAUUGCAGCUGUUUUUUUCCAUUGUUGCUGGGAGGUUUUUUUCUCCAACUAUUUCAACUUUCUUCCUGUAAAUUUUCUCCUCGUAAUUACGACUGUAUUCUCAUAACAUGCUAACAUUUGCUGCAAUUUCCAAAAUGCAGCAAAUUUUCCAAAAUGACAACCUUAUGUGUGAUUUGUAUGUUUCCAUUAAUAUUCCGACUUUUAAACAUCUUUUUUCUGUAAUAUUUCAACUUUAUGCUACUAAAAUGACAUUAUUUUUCCUCAUAAUAUUAGGACAUUAUUCUUGUAAAAUUGCGACAUUUUCUCCUUACAACUUUUUUCUCUUAAUGUUUUGACUUUAUUUUUGUAAAAUGACUGCCGAUUUUUAUUUUUAUUUUGUUGCUGUUUUUGCUGCUGUUUUCUUUAAAAAAAAAACAAAAAAAAACGUAUUAAAUUAUCUUUUAGAAUGUACUUUGGACACCCCUGCCCCAGACGGACCAAAUCGAUAUGAAGUAAACACAAAGAGUUAGUGAUUUGGUUGCCAACAUAUCAGAGUAUGUUUAUAUCUUCCAUCUUUUCCUAAUUAGGGACACAGGGGUAUGCUGGGGCCUAUCUCAGCUGAGAGGCGAGAGGCAGGGUACACCAUGGACUGGUUGCCAGCCAAUCACAGGGCACAUAUAGACAAACAACUAUUCACACUCAUAUUCAUACCUAUGGACAAUUUAGAGUCCCCAAUUAGCCCAACAUGUUUUUGGAAUGUGGGAGGAAAUCGGAGUACCCGGGGAAAACCCACGCACGGGGACAACAUGCAACAAACUCCACACAGAGAUGCCGAACGGCGUUUCGAACCCAUGUCUUCACCGCUCUCCUGACUGUGGCGAAAAUGCUAACCACUCAGCCACCGUGCGAAUAUCUUGUUUGCCUAAAACACAAAGGCAAUAUGUCUGCUUUCAUGGAUGACUAAGGAAGUGAAACAAUAUUCACACAUGAGAGGCUCGAAUCACAGGAUUUGUACAUUUCAAAAUAAAAAAACGUAUGAUCAAAUACCAACAUGCUUGUCAAUUAAGUGGAUAAUCGAUUAAUUAAUUGUUGCAGCUCUAGUUACAACAGCUUUACCGGCGUAAAAUGUACAUACGUAACGUUCGCAAACGAAUGGAAUCUUUUGAACGGGUCUUGUAAGUGAACGAUGACAACUGAUUCAUGGGUAUAUGCGGUCCCCGGUUUGGUGCGCUCCAAGUGUUGUCGUUUUCGUGGUCACGUACGCGCUUCCGUCACGUGAGACACUUCGUUUUGGUCGGUAAACAAGGGUCACUUGAGAAGUAGUUACAGCGCGGUGCACUGUGGAAGAAUACACACUGCAUACACGACUCUACACCGGGCGGAGGUGACCAUCAUCAUCAUUGUCACGUCUGCUCAGACAUGAAGGAUGAGUUGCACCAUCACCAAUCUCUUUGUUGUAAAAACAGAACUACUGUCGGCCGAACCGCCCCAAAAUGACAUCAACAAAAUCAAGUGUCCUAUCUGCACACACUCUAGUCCUGUCAGUAUCACGUCAUGUUCACAGACAGUCAGAAAUCACAAAACUCUCUUAACAGGACACAUAACUGCCAUGUCGCUGAUCCUCUGAAAGCAACAGUAAUAAUUUUUUUUGUUUUUAGUGUUUUGUUACUGUAUUUAUAUAUACAGUACAGUACCGUAUGUCCUCUGUGUGUAGUCUGAGUGACUUGGGAUUCGCCAAAACUCGGCUUUCAUCACAGUCCGGCAACGCAACUUGUACAUAACCCGAGAAGCCCCUGUGUGAGAACAGAAAACAUAAGAACGAGCCGUUCUUAAAUGCAACCGGGAAGUGGUUGUCGUCGUUCACUUAAAAGAGCCGUUCAAAAGACUCGAUUCGUUGGCGAACGCCACAUCUCGGAACCGCACAAGAGAACUCCAGGCAACAGUGGUGGGUCAGAGCGGUGUGUGGAGUUACUUUCCAGGAUGGAAGUACACGUACUACUACAUCACUGAUACUGUACAUACAGUACAUGUCACGUGUAUCUUUCACAUAUUUGAAGCGUUUUUUUUUUUCCUCAAAAAAGUAUCGCAAUCAUUGCUUUCUGUGGUAACUCAUUACAUUUAUGAAGAAGUCAUUUUGUUAUGACCUCUAGUACUUUUUUGUCAAAGUAACUACAGCAAUCCCUCGCCACUUCAUGCUUUGAAGCUUUUCAAAAGUAUAUUCAUUGACAAAUCAUGUUUUGUGGUUGAAUACAGCCUUUUAUUAGUUACAAAUAUGCAUAUUGAAGCAAAUUUUACACAUUUUUGGCCCAAAAGAAGCAUUUUCAAGCAUAAGACAUUCAGUAGACUCAUUCUAGGACACUGUGAUGAUAUGUGGUAUUCUACACAGGUCACUAGGUGUCAGCAAUGUUACUGUAACGUUGGGCGAGACACACAAGCACCAGAAUUAAUGGGCGGAACAACAGACUUUUAUUGCAGGCACGAUAAUCCCUAACACGGGCUACUGUUGCAGCCGUAAACCACACCAAGCUAAAACUCAAUUCUGAACUUCUGACGUCACUUCCUGUCCGCCCCCCCCAGCCCCACUAGCACCGGAACACACAACACACACGAGGACAAGUCUUAUUUAUGUCUUUUCUAUUUUUAUUUCUACUACAAGUAUAUUUGGUAAUAGGAGUGUAAACGUGACGAUAGGGCUGUUAUUUUAUGUCGAGAGGGCUCUAAUAAUGUUUAAAAGUCGUAAAGAGGUUUUAUAAGCUGUAAUUACCAGAAUAUUCAACUUAUAAAGAAGGAAUCCUACUUCCCAGAAAUUCACUUCUCAUGGUUCAGCCUGGAACCAAUUAACCGCAAUAAAUGAGGGAUUAUUGUAUCACUAAUUCUUUUUUUUUUUUUUUGAGUAAUUUGCCCAACAUUGCUGCCAGUGCACUGCAAUGUAGGCACUUAUGCACUUAAAAGUAAGUGUAAGUACGCAAGUGCGCCAAUUGGACCACAGCCUAAGUGUAAGUUUAUGACAAAUCAGCAAUUUGUUGCUAAAGUGGUGCCCCUGCAAAGAUGUUUCGCUAAAUGGCAGCCGUGCUUGUCAACCAGCCUUGCUGAGAUUUGACACACGUGUGCUUGCCCAUGCCCUAAAGGUGUGUGCCAAAUUUUCUGACAGUGAGUACACCCCAAAUGAAACUGUAAAUCACAGUUGUCUCAUUAGGAAAAACAUAUAUAAUCCCAGAUUUUGUGCUCACUUUUGUGAUGUACUGUGGAACAAAGUUGCGCUGACACUUUUGUGUUACUGGUCAUGUAAAUGCGACUCUAGUGCCUGUAUUGAAAAGUAGCCUCCAUAGUUAGCUGUAUGAUCCGCGUCACAGUCCUUUGCUAAGUGCUUGGUGCUCUUAACCCUUCACAGCUCUUUUCAUGUGUGAAUGUACAUUAUGAGCAAUAUUACUCAUCAUUUCUAAAAAAGCACUGACCUGUCCUGUCUAUGCAAAGCACUGCUUCCCAGGGCUGGAGCAGCUGAACCAAAGGUAAUCAGUAGACUGAAUGUGUCCUAUGCAGUGUAUUUUUUUACACUUCAAUAAGCAGUAUGCAAUGUACAUUCAAUGUAAUCACAAAUGUAAAUAUCAACCAAUAAAACAGAGAUUA